UCAACUUCCGGUGUUUAGAUCUUUGCACCUUUUAUCAAUAUUUUGAUAAACAAUCAAAUGAUACGUGCCCUAUAACAUUUAUAUGUUAUCUGUUACAUAAAAGUUGAUUUGUUUGUCCACUGGCACAUACAAUGAGUAACACGAAGUUCAGAGUAAAAAAUAAGAACGUCUCCAGUGACGGAAUGGAUUCCACAGUGGUUUUACCAGGAACGGACUCUGAGUCUGACGUGGAUCGUGACGCCAGUAGCCUGGAAUUAAUGAAGGACUUUCCCCCAGGACCUUUGGAUUUGUACAGAUCUAAGGCAUCAUUCAACUGGAAGGAAAUGAGAAUGUUCCUUGAUGGAGAGGAUAUACUGCGCUUCAAGAACAAAGUAUGGACAACUCUUGAAAGAGAUCCACUAUUUCAUAAGCCAAAGCAGACCAUACCUGUUGAGGAAAUGAGAGAACUGAACUUCAAAAGAGCCAAGAAAUUGUUUGAGUAUGAUUUUAUAACAGAUGAUGACAUCUUUCAAAAUCCACUCAAACAUCAGAUGAUGACAGACUGCCUUGGCAUGUAUGACUGGGCUCUUUGUGCCAAAUCCCAGUUGAACACAGAGAUGUUUGGCGGAACAAUCAUGUCAUCAGGGUCUCAGAGGCACACACACUUUGUGAAUGACAACAAGGCUUUUAAGAACUUUGGAUGUUUCGCCCUGACUGAGUUGAGCCAUGGUAGUAACACCAAGGCCAUGAGGACCACAGCAACAUACGACCCCAAAACACAGGAAUUUGAAAUCAACACACCAGACUUUGAAGCAGUGAAGAUCUGGUCUGGAAACAUGGGUAAAAACGCAACCCACGCAAUUGUAUACGCCCAGCUGUACACAGCAGAUGGGCAAUGCCACGGGCUGCACUCGUUUGUGGUGCCCAUACGGGACCAGAGCCUAGCUACCCUUCCCGGGGUCAUGGUCGGAGAUAUGGGAGAGAAACUGGGACAGAACGGACUUGACAAUGGAUUCUUACAUUUCAACAAGUGCAGAAUUCCAAGAGAAAAUUUGCUCAAUAAAACGGGUGAUGUAACUCCAGAGGGAAAAUAUGUUACUCCUUACAAGGAUCCUAACAAGAGGUUUGGUGCGUCUCUUGGGGCGCUGUCGGGAGGUCGAGUGGGGAUCACAGGGAUGUGCACGUGUAACUUGAAGCUUUGUAUGCCCAUCGCCAUCAGAUACUCCGCUGUGCGUAGGCAGUUUGGGCCAUCGGAUGGGGAGGAGAUCCCCGUGCUUGAGUAUCAGCUACAGCAAUGGCGCCUGCUGCCGUACCUGGCAGCCACGUACGUGAUGGAGCACUUCUACAAGUCGUUCUUUAUGGACUUUGUCAACAUACGCAUUGGUCUUAUGAUGGGGGAUAAGAGUGAGAAACAGGCAUUAUUGGGCCGUGAGAUCCAUGCCCUUUCUUGCGCGAGCAAGCCCCUGGCCAGCUGGCUGGCUAGAGAUGCCAUACAAGAGUGCAGAGAAAGCUGUGGGGGACAUGGUUACUUCAAGGUGAAUCGAUUUGGAGAGUUGCGGGAUGACAAUGACCCAAACUGUACCUACGAAGGUGACAACAACGUAAUCCUGCAACAGACCAGCAACUAUCUCCUUUCUCUCCUUGAGGGCAAGAAAAAUGGUGCGAAGAUAGAGGCCCCCCUCCAGAGUGUGGACUUCAUUGAUGACUAUGAGACCAUGCUGAAGACAACAUUCUCUGCCAAGACUGUGCAAGACUGCAUGAACCCACCUGUGUUGUUGGCUGCAUACAGAUGGCUGGUGUGUCGUUUGCUGGUGGACAGUUCAGCCCGACUUCAGUCCCAGGUGUCUGCGGGCCAGGACGGUUUCUCCGCUCGCAACAACAGUCAGGUGUACUUUGCCCGAAACCUAGCCAUCGCUUACAUAGAGCACACAGUAAUAGAGCGGCUUUGGAGGUUGAUAGAGGAAGGGAAGGAUGGAGAGCUGGCCUCUCAGCCUAUAAGAGCAGUCCUCACAAAGAUGUGUGCACUGUUUGCCCUCUGGAGGCUCGAGAAACACCUCAGCCUUCUCUACCAGGGUGGCUACAUCAGUGGACCCUCUGCCCCAGCCCUGAUGCAGGAAGCCAUCUUGGCCCUGUGUGGUCAGCUCAAGGAUGACUCUGUGAGCCUUGUAGAUGCCAUUGCCCCACCAGACUUCAUACUCAACUCACCCAUCGGCAUGUCUGAUGGACAGAUCUACAAGAACCUGUACGGAGCUAUGUUACAGGGGGAGAAAGCCCUGGAGAGGGCUGGAUGGUGGAGGGAGUUUGUUGACAAACCCAAUGUCGGCAGUCUUCGAAACGCCAAGUUGUGAUGUAUGUUUGGAACAUGAAUGGACUCUAGCCAGUUUGGUGUGUGAUCAGAUAUAGAUCGUGAAGUAGAUUUUGGUCGACAUAAAUUUAUAUUUUGAAAUAACAAACAUUUUGCUUGUCAGAUUUGAACAAAGAAGAAAAUAAGUGACUCUGCAUUGUGAAGAGCAACCCUUUUAUGAAAAAUAUUUUGUUUAUCAUUUUGAGAAGAUACCUAUAUGUUGUACUAAAAUCAUGUUUGAUUAAGAUGCAAUAAUCAUUCAAUACAAAAGAAAUUUGAAAUAACAAUUAAAGAGACUAAGCUUCAUUGUUAUAGGAUUAAUGAAAUGAAGUGAUAUUGUGCUGAACAUUUAUGUAUAAUCAGUAUUUAUGACUUUUUGAAUAUUUUAUAUUGUAAUCUGUGAUAAUUGCUGUACAUUGAUUCGGGUGUUGAAAUUGAUGCAUAUCUGUAAAAUAAACAAAAAUAACUUA